AUCCAUCCUUUGGGUUCAUUAUUUCCCGUCUCCUUCUGGUCCGUGUCUCCGUCUGCCUUCUGCUCUUCGCCGACAUCGUUCGUUCCAUCCCCACCAAUUUCUCAGAUUCACAUCGGUUGCGGAUCUGGAGAGCAAUCUGCAUUCGGAACCAGCAACCAGAGAUCCGCUCCUUCCCGGCUGUAUCCUCAAUAUCCGGCAUCGAUCCCCGAUUCCGAGGCUUUGCCGUGUAUGUGUUGGAAAUCUGGAUGCGGUUUAUGGUAAUCUAGAGGUUCGGAAUUGAAGAAACAAUGCUACCUAGAGCUUCUAGUGCGUCCGUUCGGGAUCGGACUCACGAGUUUCAGAGCAUAUCGGAACGGCUGAAGAAAUCAUAUACGUCGGCGCACGAUGCUGCGAGUAGCAGUGCAAGCAGCAGUAGAUCGGAUCAGAGGUCCAUGGUCGCCAUCCAGUCUGAGUUCAAUAGAAGGGCGUCGAAAAUCGGGCUGGGGAUUCACCAGACGUCUCAGAAGCUCUCCAAGCUUGCUAAAUUGGCCAAAAGAACAUCCGUUUUUGAUGAUCCCACUACAGAGAUUCAAGAACUGACUGCAGUCAUCAAGCAAGAUAUUACUGCCCUGAACUCUGCUGUAGUUGAUCUUCAGCUUGUAUCUAAUUCACGUAAUGAAAGUGGAAAUAGUGACACCACUACCCAUUCAGUUACAGUUGUGGAUGACUUGAAGAACCGCUUGAUGAGUGCGACAAAGGAGUUUAAGGAUGUCCUAACAAUGCGAACAGAGAAUUUGAAGGUCCAUGAGAACAGAAGGCAGCUUUAUACUUCUGGCCCUGCCAAGGAUACUUCAAAUCCAUUUGUUCGCCAGCGUCCAUUAGCUGCCAGAUCUUCUGCUAGCACUUCUUCUUCUCCUCCCCCGUGGGCUAAUGGGCCAUCUUCAUCACAGUUAUUUCCCAAGAAACAAAAUGAUGGAGAAAGUCAGCCACUACUGCAGCAGCAACAACAACAACAGCAGAUGGUUCCCUUGCAAGACAGCUACAUGCAAAGUAGAGCUGAAGCCCUUCAAAAUGUGGAGGCUACAAUACAUGAGCUGGGCAGUAUUUUUAAUCAACUUGCCACAUUGGUUUCUGAGCAAGGGGAGAUAGCAAUCAGGAUUGAUGAGAACAUGGAGGACACACUUGCAAAUGUAGAAGGGGCACAAGGGGCCUUACUCAAGUAUCUCAACAGCAUCUCUUCUAAUAGGUGGCUCAUGAUUAAGAUAUUCUUUGUCUUGGUUUUCUUCCUCAUGAUUUUCCUCUUCUUUGUGGCAUAGUAAAAACUGGAGUAAUUGUCUAUCUAAGGAAACAAAUGGAGUAAUUAUAAUCUAUAUACAUCUUUCAUUAUGUUGAAUGAUGACGACCGAACACUUGUGAAGAUCACAUAUACAUUUUUUUUGUAUGAUAAGAAUUAUUGUAGUAUUUGCUUCGUGAAGCAAAUAUUUACUCCGUAUAUGAUAUGCCUCAUUUUUCGUUUGAUAUAUUGGAUAAUGAUUAAUGACUUGUGAUUAUAUCGGCAAUUUUUGAACAUUAUGUUUAUGAAAUUCAUGCGUGCAUCUAUGCCACAAUGGUGUAUCAAAAGUAUGUGUUUGUGUCUAGGUUAUAAACUUAAUAGACAUAU